AUGUUGGGGUUCGACACUACGACUGCGGUUGCGUCUUCUGUCUGUGAUGUAUAUCGUAGAAUCCUUCUACCUCCCGAAGUUUAUCUUGAGGAAUCAGGAAUUGAUAGGACAGACGUAAUAGUUUGCAAAAGAUGUGAAGAAUCAAGUAAACCGGAACAAUUGCUAGUUUGUGAUAACUGCCGUUUCGCGGGGAUAUACCAUACAUUCUGCCUUGAUGUUCCCGUUUCGCACAUCCCUAAAAACCGUUGGCUUUGCCCAAAGUGUUUUUCAAAGCAUUUGGAUACUAUUAACGCUGUAGACGAAUACGGGUUUCAAACCUCAUCCACGUCCUAUACUCUUCGCCGUUUUGGUGAAUUGGCUGACAGCUUUAAGAGGUCAUUCUUCAACAAACCCUUAAAAACUAUUGCGCUAGCCGAAGUCCAAGAGGAGUUUUGGCGACUUAUGAACGAUGGCGAAUGCGAUGUGACUGUGGAGUAUGGGACAGAUCCCUGUUCGUCCGGAGUUGGAUCUGGCUUUCCAACCACUCGAAAUCACUUCGUAGCAAUUGAUUAUUCAACCUCUCCUUGGAAUCUCAAUAAUUUUGCUACAAACGAACUCUCGGCCCUGCGGGGCGAACCAAGAACGUGGUAUGGUGUACCAGAAACAUCUGCUGAUGCUUUUGAGGCAGUUUUGUGCUCAAUGGCCCCUGAACCCUUUGCUCAUUCUCCAGAUCUACUUCAUCAUGUUACAACCUUGUAUCCUCCUGAUCACCUCCUGCUUCGUGGCGUCCCUGUCUUCUACCUGAAUCAGCUAGCUGGGGAGUUCGUUGUCACCUUCCCUCGAGCCUAUCAUGCUAGUUUCAACAAUGGUUUCAACUUUGCGGAAUCGGUCAAUUUUUGUCCCGCGUCGUGGUUCCCAUCUGGGCGCGAUUGUGUAGAUCACUAUGCUUUGUUGCAUCGGCCGCCUGUGUUUUCCCACGCGGAGCUCCUCUGUCGCCUGGCCGAGUCAAGUUUGGAGUCGGGUAGUGUACCAGUCAAUCUUCUGGUAAUCAUUACCGAUCAGCUGCGUGGUCUCUUGGCAAAAGAGCGCUCACUACGUCGACACUUGGCCCGACUUGGCGUGCGACGGACGGAGCGCUUUGUCUUUGAGUCGCGGAAUGAGGAAACUCGUGAAUGUCAGCUGUGCAAGACCACUCUCUUCACUUCUGCCCUUACUUGUGCUUGCUCCAAAAGCCCUUUAACCUUGUACCUCUCUUUUAUUAAUUUAGCCAUGCUAUGUUUGGAGCACUACCAGUCGUGUUCAUGUUGUGUAGUAGAGGACCAGAUUCUUCUCUACCGGUAUGGUCUUGACGAGCUCUCUCAGUUUGUGGAGCGACAUCAAAGUCGUCUUCGCGAGUAUUGGAAAUGGAAAACUCGUGUCGAAGAGCUUCUUUCUCACAAAACCUCUCCUCACGAAAAGACACAGGGUGAAAGUUUCAUGACGCGUGCAAGUACUCUCGGGGACGAAAAUCAAGGUAAGGUGCUCGGCGAUAAGUCCAAGGAUGAGCAGAUCCGAGAAGAAGCCGACUCCAUUUGUCUGAAUCAAAAGUCUACGAUCCAGGAACUUAUUAAUAUUUGGGAAACUGGCCGUCAGAACCGCUACCCCGAAGAUCUAGUGAAUCGUCUUGGCAAAAUGGUGGAAAAUGCAAUGAAUUGUUCUUCCGUCAUUCGUUCGCUUCUUUCACAAAAGUCAGAGGACCAUGGAGAGGCCAAACGGGUGUCGAGAAUUUCUGUCUCCAGUGCCGCUCGAAAGCGUGUCGCCAGCUGCCAGCCUGGGGGAAAACCAAGGAAGGAAUCCACGGAAUUGGAUCUGCCCGACGGACCGUCGGUCACAAAGCUCACCGUAGCUGAGUUUAAUCAAUUUGUCGAAGUGGUUAAUAAUCUGCCCUGCACAAUUCCCGGGCUAGGGGAUCUGAAUCGGUUCAAGCAACGCCUAGCAGAUUGGUACAGUUCAACGCACGAGCUGCUCUCUCUGGCCGAAAAGCCCAUUGUGAACGAUCAGAACUUGGAGCCAUGUCUGGCUCUCCUCUGUGUAGAUAGAAUUGAGCAACUCGUGGAGUUCGCGGAAGGCGUCGAUGUGGAACUGCGGGAUCUAAGAAAACUCAAACACGGCUGCAGAGAAAGGUACCUCUUCCAGGGCUUCGCCUUUGGUGCUGUGGGGCUUUACUUCAUCGGCGAGGAGAGUGCGCUUCCCAAGACACACGACCUCAUGGACUGCCUGCUGUGGCUUAAGUGUGUGGACCAAAAGCUGAACCAAGAGGGCUCUUUCGAGUGUCGUCCCACGCUAAUCGAGUUGCUGGAUCUUGAAACACAUGGUCAGACUUUGGUUUGUGGCGUGGCAUCCUAUUAUCGCUCGCCAACAUCUUCGGUUGAAACAAAACCCACCACCAUCCUUGAAUUUGCUCUCAAGAGGGGCAGUGACCGACUCUGCCAGGCAAUCAGUGAGGCUCAGUUUCUGGAAUGCGCCAUCAAAAAUGUCAUUGGGUCUCCGCACGGUUCUUGUGAACUCUCUGAGGCGGAAGCUCUGGUCGCCCAGGCCGCCGAUGUAAAGGCUGAAUUCGGCGCCUCGGAGGAGUUGAAUCGAUUGUGUGUGAAAGCACACUCCAUUUUGUCCGAUUUGGGUUCCUUUCAACGUCUCCUCAAGUGUCCUCCCUCUAGUUCCAGUCAUGACGAUGACGAUUGCGAAGGUGACGAUGGAUUCCCUGACGAUUUUGUCAAGCGCCUCAAGUUAAAUACCGCUGAUUCAACUCCACACCUCUGGCUGAGUUUCUAUGAGGAGCUCUGUAACACUUCCAACCAGCUUCCCUUUGUCUUUCCGGACACUACGAAACUAAACACUUUGGUAGGAUUCGCUUUGUCUUUCAGUAGAGUCGAAACUCGAUUAACCGUCCUCGAUCGAUGCUACUCUCGUAUAGAGGAGGUGUUUUUACGUUUGGAGGACGGACACACGUCUUCGUCGGCAGCGUCUGCACUACUUUUGGAAGUCUUACUGCCUCGACCAAAAGCGGCUCUUGGACUACUAAUUCAACGCGACACCGGACUUCAAACGAUUAGUGGUUCUGGAGGCAAAUCGGCCUCUAGUCUUGCUGGCGUCGAUGCCCGAGCGUACUCAAGCGCAUGCGGGGAGAAUGCCACGAAAUUCCUGGAGGAGCUCAAAGGUGGGGGCGAUUUCGAUCACAUGUAUGACACCUUCUAUACGCCAAUGAUUGAGACCGAGCUUAAGUUGCUCCACUAUUUGCGGCGAUCGAAUUUGCAUAAAUCCAAGGACCAAAACCAGGGCUCUGUUAUCUAUUGCAUUUGUCGGCAGCCGGGUUUUUCAGGGCUCAUGUUACAAUGCGAACUCUGUAAAGACUGGUUUCAUACGCGAUGUGUCGGAUUCCUAAAUAAGAAUUACGAUUAUACGCGUCUACGUUACACUUGUCCCCGUUGCGAACGUUCACUUCGACCUGAACUCUCGGUUGUGAUACCUAUCCUCGAGGAGCUAAUACCUUAUGUUACAGGCAUCGCAGCAGAACAAAGCGGAUCAAGGGGGGCCCCUGAUCCAACACUGGCAACGAAAUCGAGCAUCACGUCCGGUCUUGUGGCUCCCCUGGUUUCAGUACCGUUCCUGUUGAAACUUCCAAGUCUUGCGGCUGUCCAAAUGCUGUGUGAAAGGGCAUUUGCGUUCGUGAGACGUGUCAGGACUGUGAUUUUAUCCACCCCCGACCUACGAAGGGCUUUGACAGAAUACGAGACAUUUUCUGGAACUCAGAUGCCAUGGAAUAAUUUCAGCGAUGAUGCAUGCAUGUCACUGCCUCCAUUACCCCGACAGUCGCCAACCCAGACUCUAUCGUCAUCCCUAUAUCAUAAUCAACGACCUCGCGGGCUGCCUCAGUCUCACCUGCCCCCAAACGUCGCUCGACCGCCUGGAAUGCAGCCCCUCGUUUUGAGAACCACGGCACCUCGUAGCAUGGCAGAUGAGCACCACCGUCACCAGUUCAGUAGUAGGCCCCUCCCUCAUCUAGACAAGAUCUCAUCGCCCUACAACUCCCAAAUUCCUGUCCCACUUUCUCAUAAGGAGCGUAAAGAUCCGCAUGUUGAUCUAGAUGUAAGUACUCAGAAGCUGGGGGAUAACUUAGACCCUGAAGAACAAGAAGGCAGUGGUAGAAACGGAAAUUCUCUUGAGGGAGAGGUGAGUCCGCUGAAUGGAAGGAAUCCCAAGGAUCCUUACGAGGCAGAGGCAGCUGUUGCGCUUGCCAUCAUGUCCUCCACGUCGGAUGUCGCUUCGGACAUGGACCCCCCAGUGAAGUUGAUAGUCGUGAGCAUCUGGAGGAUGGAGGUCCAUCGUCACAUACCUACUUCCGUUGCUAUCUUCCUCCAGAAUCACGCUCCUGGCUUGAGACUCUAA